AUGCAAUACAUAAGGGAUUUGGAUGAAAAGGCAUAUGAGUAUCUUGCAAACAUUGCACCUGCACAGUGGACAAGGUCACACUUCACUCAUAGGGCCUUAACAGAUUGUUUGGUAAAUAAUUUGAGUGAGUCUUUUAAUGCAAUGAUAUUGAAGUCUAGGGACAAGCCUAUCUUGGCAAUGUUGGAGUGGAUUAGGGUUAGACUUAUGACUAGGCUUUACACAAAAAGGGAAGGGAUACAGAAGUAUGCUGGAAAGUUGUGUCCAAGCAUACAAGAUAGGUUGGAGAAAUUGAAGGUUGAAAGUAAGGCAUUUAGUGCUACCCCAGCUGGUAGUUUCCUUUAUGAGGUAGGCAGUCAGUAUGAGAGGCAUGUAGUUGAUUUGGUGAAGAAGACAUGUAGCUCCAUUUAUACAAACAUUGAGACACCAGAAGACUAUACCCACCCAUGCUACUUCAAAGAAACUUACAUGGAGAUAUACAAGGAGGUACUUCCUCCCAUGCCUGGCCAGUCAGAAUGGGCUGAGACUGGACAGCCUGCUCCCCUGGCACCUCACAUAUACAAACCACCAGGCAGACCACCCAAGCAAAGAAAGAGAGCUUCUGAUGAGCCUAGGAACCCUUACAAAGCAAGUAGACAGAAUAGACCUGUAAGAUGUGGGAAAUGCAAAAAGGAAGGGCAUAACUCAAGAGGGUGCAAGGCUGGCAUCACUGGGGAGACACCAUGGCAGAGGAGACAGAGACUUCAAAGAGAAAAAGCUGCAAGGGAAGGGGUGUCUGCACCUAGAUCUGCACAUCAGCCUGCACCUCAGCCACCAUCCCAGCAGCCUACACAGACCUACAACAUGAUGUCUGCCACUCAGCCUUCAUCCUCACAGCAAGGAAAUCAACCUAGGCCAUCUCACAAGAGAGCAGGAUGGUUCUCUUCCUCGCAACCAGAGUUUCACACACCUAGGGAGACCUGGGAUACCUUACCAAGAUCUUCACAGCCUUCACAUGCAAGUGGGAGCACUGGUGGUGUGAGGACUAGAGGAUAG